UCCAAUACAAUCCCGCAAUUCAACAUGUAGAAAUUUCAUUCCGCGUCUGCUUUCUUCGUACUCCUCGAGCCAUUCCAAUCUCCCCCUCCAUCGAUCCCACGUCCGACCGACCGACCGACGUCGCUCCUCCUCCUCGUCCGGUCAACAACCGCCACGAUUCUACGAUAUCAGCCAUGGCCAACAUCUACCGGUGUGCGGAGUGCGGGGUGGACCUGAACCUGAGCGCGGCGCACCUGUACCCACCGGACGUCUACUUCGAGGCCGGCAACAAGGGCAGCAUCUCCUUCUCCUGGGUCGACGACUCCAAGCUCCGCUUCGUUAAGGAGGACCGCAUCAGGCCCUUCUUCGAGACCCGCAACUACUGGGGCAUCCACCGCAAGCGCACCCGCCUCCUCUGCGACUCUUGCGGCCGCCUCCUCGGCCACCUCUACGACGACGGCCCUCCCAUGAUGACCGGACACGGCCAGCUCGGAUUCGGCCCCAGCCAGGCCAUCCCCCGCGCCCCCAGGUACCGCUUCAAGAUCAAGGCACUUAACACCUCCUCCUCUUAAUUCAUACUUCUCUCUGUUGUUGUUUUACUUGUUUGUAUAAAUUCGUGAUCUUGGUGAUGGGAAACGACGCUUUGGCUGUCGAUUUGGUUGUUGUAAAUUGAAAUGAUCGCAGAUAAUAAAGUUCGUUUUCUCGAACAAAGGAAAAAAAUUUCUAUGA